AUGUCAUUCCGUGGUGGUCCCCCGCGUGGGCGUGGCGGUUUCGGUGGUGGUUUCGGUGGCCGAGGCGGUCGUGGUGGCUUUGCCCCGCGCGACAUGGGUCCGCCAGCGUCCGUCGUCGAGAUGGGCUCUUUCAUGCACGCCUGCGAGGGUGAGAUGGUCUGCAAGAGCGUCAACGCUGCCAAGAUCCCCCAGUUCAACGCCUUUGUCUUCCUCGAAAACAAGACAAACAUCGGCAAGGUGGACGAGAUUCUCGGUCCUAUCAACCAGGUCUACUUCACCAUCAAGCCUUCUGAGGGUAUCCAGGCCACCAGCUUCAAGUCUGGCGACCGUUUCUAUCUGUCCAGCGACAAGCUUCUGCCUUUUGAGCGCUUCAUGCCGAAGCCCAAGCCCCCACCGGGUACCGAGGUCAAGAAGGUUCGGAAGCCGGGCUUUGCUGCAGGUGGCCGUGGUGGCUUCAGCGGCGGCCGGGGCCGGGAACUUCCUCCACACUCCGAGCUGCUUCGCCCUGUUCUUCUCAAUGUUUUCGAGCGAUGCUUUUGA